GGCAAUGAACGCUGAUAACCAAGCUUGGAGACAAAGAGUUAUGAAAGAGACCUUUUCUUCUAUGACCCACAACAAUUUAUAUCUGGAAGAUGACCAGAGAUCCGUCCUCUCAAGAGAUGAAAAAAGUGACGUUUCAUCAAUGUAUGACCCAGAUGUGGGAGUGUCUAACCCCAACAUGAUGAGGGAUAAGAGGAUUGCUGAGUUGAAAGCCAAGCAUGAUUUCUACAUCGUUCCAACAUUCAAUAAGUAUCAUCUCAGAGAGCAUACAGCUAAAUACAAAGAUGAAUUUGAUGAUGCCCUGACAAUCUACUCAGGUGGUGGCUAUAUAUCCAAAACAAGAGCCAGCAGUACUUAUCAUAAGAAAAGAAAGCUAUAUUCAAACCGGCCUGCUACUUCAAUUAAUAAGACUAGGAAAACCAGGAGGUUCAACGAGGAAUUAGAUUGAGGCUCCUAUAAAAGUAAUCAACCAGAACGAGGCUUUUCUAGAACUUUGGCUCAAAGAAAUCCCAAGAAUAUGAAAAGAUCUGAAAUCACUAAUCGGUACCAGAGCCAACCUAAAGCACUAGAGAAUGCUAAGAGCAAGGUGACCCAGAGAAUCGAAAGGAUGACUGAGGAAGAGGUAGAAAAGAUAUCAAAUCAGUUGAACGACAUCGAACCAAAAUCUCACCAAAAGACUCAUAUAAGAAAAGACGUUCAAGAUCUUAAGACCAAAGAGAUAAAUAACAAGCCUAAAGAUCUCUCUGAUGAAGGUAUAAUUGACGACAAAACGUCUGCUACUCAAGCAUCAGAAUCUAAGUCAAGCCAAGAUGGCAUCAAGUCAAGAUCCUCCCAGAAGACUACUGAAUCAUACAUCGAUAAGCUCAGGCAAGAACUUGAGGAAGAGAGAGUCCAGAGGAAAAGAUUAGAACAAGAGAUAGAGAAGCUCAGGAAGAUCUCGAGUGAUAUCAGCUCUAAGCUUGGCAUAGCAGGAAAGAAAGACUAACAGUGUAGAGCUCAAUUAAUAUUAAAUUUUCAGGAAUCUUUAAGAGAUGGUUAAC